AUGGCUUGCUAUGUGCGGGUCCCGAAAUGGUUCACGGAUCGAUUCAGAAAUCUUGGAAUCCUGAUUGGUUCCCAUCCUAUCAAGCUCAUCGCGUUGUCAUUAAUCGUGACUGCUGGUCUGAGCUGUGGGAUGUUUAAACUGACGUCGGAGUCGGACACAGAAACUCUGUAUACUCCAGUGGGUAGUCAGGCCUCCAAGGACAGAGAGAAGAUUCAGGCGGUAUUUGAAGACGACUCAGGCAGCAACUUCUUCCCUCGCUCAUUGACAAAGUCCGACCUAUACGGGGAUGUCAUAUUUUCAGAUGUAAAUGUUGUUGAUGAGGACUCACUGUCAGCAAUACGAUUCUAUAUUGAUCAUAUCAAGAAUAUAACUGUUACGCUCAACAAUAUUCAGUAUUCCUACUCUGAUGUAUGUGCUAGAAGAGACGGAAGCUGCUACAGAUCUGGUGAUACGUUCAAUGGUUCUAUUACUGGUGGUGUAACUUAUCCGGUAUUCAACAAUGUAGAUUUGUCUUCAGUCUUAGGAAAUGUCAACGCAAAGGACGGUAAAUUAGUUUCAGCAGGGUACCUGGAAGUAACCUUCCACCUGAGGCAGGACUCGGUCAUCCUUCGUGCUGCAGCGAUUGCCUGGGAAGAUGAGUUCAUCAAAGUAAUGUCAACCUUGAAACCUGAAAACGUUACCAUGAGCUAUGCUGCAUCGCAGUCUCUGAACAAGGAACUGGAUGCCAACACCGGAGGGGACAUCACUUACUUCUCAAUAACGUUCACGCUGAUGAUCACUUAUGCAACAAUAAUCGUUGGUGGUGACAUGGUGUCAUCGAGGACGUGGGUUUCCUGGGCAGGUGUUCUAGCGGCUGGAAUGGGGAUAGCAUCUUCCCUUGGACUUGUUAGCCUGUGUGGAAUGAAGUUUGUCAACAUUGUUGGGACGAUGCCAUUUCUUGUCCUAGGUAUUGGUGUGGACGACAUGUUCCUGUUGAUGUCAAGCUGGGCGGACACCUACCCUCAUCACGACAUGUCUGUGGCAAACAGGAUUGGGAUGACGUUUGCGUCAGCUGGCAUUGGUAUCACCAUAACAUCACUGACAGACCUUCUUGCCUUCAUAAUUGGAACAUCCUCCGUCUUCAUCAGCGUCAGGAACUUCUGUGUAUAUACAGGGGUGGCCGUCAUCUUCUGCUACCUGUACCAGUGCUUCUUCUUUGCACCUUGUCUGAGUCUUCACGGCAGCCGUGUAGACGCUCGCCGACACUGCCUGACCUGCCUUAGAGUGAAAAGUCGGUUGGACUACAGAGAAGAGAACAAACAUUGUCUCUACGUGUACAGUUGUGGAGGAACACGUCCUAAAGAAAGAGAGCAAGAUGAACGUAUAUGCGAGACUGGUCCAAGAAAAAUACUCCCUGUCAUACUCCUUCAUGUUGCUGGUAAAAUAACAGUCGUAGUUGUGUAUUUAUCAUACCUGGGUGUAUCCAUAUAUGGUCUUGUCAACCUUAAGCAAGGUCUUGAUCUAAAGAACCUGGUUUCACCAUCCUCUCAUUUCUACUCAUACACAGAUAUCAAAGACACCUACUUUCCCAAUACUUUCCCAAUUCCUUUCAUAUUUGAAGACACAACCAACUAUUUGAACAAAGACACAAUAACACAAAUUAACAAACUGCUUGCAGACGCACAAUCAGACAGUGAAGUAAAUUCACAGUCUUCAGUGUGUUGGUUGACGAAUUACAUGAAUUCUUCCUAUUUUGAUGACACGAGUGGGACAACAUUUGUAUCAGGAGCGCAAUACUUUCUAAAUGAAACGCCAGCAUUCAAAAACGACGUGGCUUUUAACGGUAUUGGUGAGCAUAUUAUUGCUAGUCGCUGUUACCUGUUCUCUGAUGACAUCAAGGAUUCUAAUAAGCAGGCUCGGGUGAUGACUCGGAUGCGAGAACUGGCAGAUGGCUCUCCCCUAUCAGUUUACACUUAUUACCCUGCCUUCAUCUUCUUUGAGCAGUACGUCGCUAUUCUACCCAGCACUCUCCAGACUGUUGGGGUAGCCCUUGUCGUGAUGACUGUGGUCACGUGUAUCUUCAUGCCACAUCCACUCAUGAUAACACUAGUUGUUUUCAACAUUGUGUCCAUACUAGUCGGAAUAUUCGGCUUCCUGUAUUUCUGGGAUCUUAGUCUCAGCUCAGUCACUAUGAUCCAUCUCAUCAUGUCUGUGGGUUUCUCUGUUGACUUCAGCGUCCACGUCUGCUCAGCCUUCUUGCUCGGAGAAAGGCAGCACUCGUCGAAAAAAGUCAAAUAUGCUAUUGUUCAUGCUUCAGGUCCCGUACUAAAUGGCGCCAUCUCCUCUUUCCUUGGCGUCAUAAUCCUGGUUUUAUCCGAGUCCUACAUCUUCAAAUCCUUCUUCAACAUCAUGCUCACGGUUAUGUUGUUGGGUAUGCUGCAUGCAGUGUUUCUUCUUCCAGUUGUCUUGUCCCUAGUUGGACCGACGGAGUCACCAGGAAAGGCCACAGAAGCACGCCAUCCAGCUAGUUCACAACAAGCUGAAACAACAAAUUAA